AGAGCUAAGCUAGGAAUGCUGAACACUAUGUCGAAGAUCCGAGGGCAGGUGAAGACCACCGGAUACCCGCAGACAGAAGGCUUGCUGGGAGACUGCAUGCUAAAAUAUGGCAAGGAGCUCGGGGAUGACUCCACUUUUGGCAAUGCAUUAAUUGAGGUUGGUGAAUCCAUGAAGCUAAUGGCUGAGGUGAAAGACUCACUUGAUAUUAAUGUAAAGCAGACUUUUAUUGAUCCACUUCAGUUACUACAAGAAAAAGAUUUGAAAGAGAUCGGGCACCACCUGAAAAAGCUAGAAGGCCGCCGCCUGGAUUACGAUUAUAAAAAGAAGCGAGUAGGUAAGAUACCAGAUGAAGAAGUCAGACAAGCAGUAGAAAAAUUUGAAGAGUCAAAGGAGUUGGCUGAAAGAAGCAUGUUUAAUUUUUUAGAAAAUGAUGUAGAACAAGUCAGCCAGUUGGCCGUGUUUAUAGAGGCAGCAUUAGACUAUCACAAACAGUCCACAGAGAUCCUGCAGGAACUUCAGACCAAGCUACAGAUACGGAUAUCAGCUGCAUCCAACAUCCCCAAACGAGAGUACAAGCCAAGGCCUGUGAAGAGGAGUUCUAGUGAGCUCAAUGGGGUUUCCACCACCUCUGUAGCAAAGACCACAGGUUCUAACGUUCCCAUGGACCAGCCCUGCUGUCGUGGCCUCUAUGACUUUGAGCCAGAAAACCAAGGAGAGUUAGGAUUUAAAGAAGGGGACAUCAUUACAUUAACCAAUCAAAUAGAUGAAAACUGGUAUGAAGGAAUGAUACACGGGGAAUCCGGAUUCUUCCCCAUUAAUUAUGUUGAAGUGAUCGUGCCUUUACCUCAGUAA